AUGACGCGUAAUCCAGAUGGACAAACAAAUCUAAAAGAGACUCCUCGAGAACCCAAAGAGCAAAGGGCCAUCGUGCAAAUUGACGAUUGCUCUGAGGAUUUUACGUCUCCUGACGGCCCAUCUAGCACGUCAUUCCAUGGAGUAAAUAAUCAUCACCCAGCCCGAGCGCCAUUCGCUGAUCAAGGAUCAGAUACCACGUCUCAGACUUUGUCCGUCGAACUCGAAACUCAGAUCAGUGAAGAAGAUCAUUACACAGACCAGGAACCCGCUGACAGCGAUACGUGGUCUACGGAAACAUUGCAGUCGGAUGAGGAACCUGCGCCCAAUAAUCAACGCGAGAGUCAAUACCAAUCGUGUUCACCAUCACCAUCACCACCAUCUCAUCCCAUUUUUGUAUAUCCAAAUAAUACACGUCAUCAUCAUGAGCAUCAUGAAACUCAUCGUCAACGAUAUGAUUCUGAUUUGGUACCCCUCAGUCAGCCCGAGGAAAAUUUUUUUCUAUCUGUGGCGUAUGUGGCACCAAGCUCUCAUUGGGUUCUACGCAUUCCAGAACGCUUUGCAUGCCGACCUCCUCCCUAUUUUUUGUCGCAUUACCAAUUCUAUGAUUACGAUUCAAAUUCGGACGAGCUUCUAUGCCUCAGGGGGGAUUCCAAAAAGCUUGAUUAUCCAUGGGCAAUAGCUUGUCCUCCAGAACGACCCAUAGUAAACAGUGAUGACAUGUUGGAAAGGCGAAGGUCACUAGCCAUUUUUCGGACCAGGACAAGAUCGUUGGAUCGCUACAUGAGAAUGGAAAAUGCAGAAGAGCAUCGUAUUUAA